AUGGAGAAUCAACAUUUCGACUUUUUCCGAUCAGUAACCACCACGAACCUAGCCUCUUUCUUGGAUGCCGGAUUCUGGUCUAACAAUAUUUUGCAAGCAUCUCAUCAGUAUCCUGCAUUAUUUUACGCCACUACUGCGUUUGGCAGCAUACAUCGCUCCUUUCUAAGCGAUGGUACACCGGCUACCGUCCCCCGUGAGGAUACUAAUAGAGAUGCUCAAUUUUCCCUCCGACAAUUCAAUAAAGCUAUUCGGUCAUUGUCCCAGUUACUGUCACAAAAUGAAUACAGCGUCCUGGACCAGCAAGUCAUUUUGACUACAUGCAUACUUUUUACCUGUCUUUGCGUACUCCAGGGUCGACAAGUCAAGGCGUUUAUGCAUGUCAACAGCGGUCUCAAGAUGAUACACCAAUGGAGACUCAACGGCCAAAGUCUACGUGGGUCAGGCAAUAAGAGUGCCGGUAUAGACGCACUUAUCCUAGCCUUUACGCGCCUUGACACUCAGAUCCGCCCGUAUAUUGAUGGCCAGGAAUCCAUUCUGCAAUGGGCAGGCGAUCAAGUGAUUCUAGCACCCUCCAAACUUCCUUUUGAAUCACUUCUCCAAGCAUACAAGGACCUCGAGGCGAUAUUUAACCAUGUUAUGCGGGUAGCCCUUGGACAAAGCUCUAGCCCUAGGCAGUGUUCUUCUCCAGAAGACGAAAUAGAAAGACUAAGAGAUCAGUCCGUUGCAUGGGACAACCGGCUCGCCGUCUUUUUGGCAAAGAAUACCGUACCUCUGAACGAGGCGGAUGAGAACGCUUUGGAUUUACUUCGACUUCGACGGGCGUUUAUGAACCUUUUCUUUAUGCUCAAAUUAUUCUUAUAUGAUCCAGACAACAAGCUGACGCCGACUUACCACGAGAUACUCCAACUAGCGGCCAAGUUUCUCCAACAUAAAGACUAUGAUGAAAACCCGUCGUUAGGUUUACCCGACGACGCCAUUCGAGAGCAACAGCCACAACAUCCAAUUUUCACUCUAGCCACCGGCGUGAUUGAGCCUCUAUUCAUAAUUGGAGCGCGCUGCCGCGAUCCCACGCUUCGACGGAAAGCUCUGCACCUGCUCCAGCUUUACCCACGCCGUGAAGGGAUUUGCGAGGGCAUGUUGGCCGAGAAAAUCGUGCGCGCGGUGAUUGACAUUGAGGAGAAUAACUGUCUGCGGAGCAUGGACUACCGCCAGUCUCAUUCUUCUACUACCACCAGUAGUUCAUUUACUUGUCUAUCCCCGAUUUCAUCACCUUCAUCGGCUUCGGAUACGCUUUCGGCGUUUGGGUAUUCGUACCCAGACUCGAUUUCUGCAUCGACCAACUCUGUCUCACCAGCGGAUAACGAUAUCCCAUUCUUGAGUCCGUGUUCCGAAGAAGGUCAAAUAGUGUGCAAACUCCAUCGAGUAGUGAAAAUUCAGUAUCUACUUUUGACUGAACGUCAGCUGAAAAUCGUCAUGUGGACGGCGGAAGAUUUGCAGUUGAAGAGAAAGGGCAGAGUACUGGUGUCCUCGUGGUGGUGA